AUGGGGCACAUUAGGGCCUUGAUACCAGGGAAUGGGCCAGGCCGCCUGCGCCUCGCCGCCUCGGGAGCCUCCGCUCAGGUGACAGGGGACCGCCACAGCCUCUGGGGCUGCAGCCCGCCCUGUGCCCCUCUUCCCUGCGCUUCCCCCUCCGCCGAAUGCGAGGCCGUGACAGGCUUUCAAAAGUGGCCGACGUUCAAAACUUUAAAACUGGCCGCUGAGCCAUAUAAACGUCCGGAGGCUGGAAACGUCGACGGGGAGCCCGUGGGCCGCGCUGAGCUCCGCUCCCAGGACCCAGCGGCCGCCUCAGUCUCGGGGACGCGGGGCGCCAGCGGCCUGGGUGCUCGCGAAAACCGGCUUCUCCGACCUGCGCGGUCCACAUGGGCAGGUGGCGCGCAGGUGGGGGACGAGCCCGGGGUGUCCCCGCUGGCCCCGGGCGGUCAGCCCGUCUCUGGCCAUCGGAGGCCCGGCCCCGCCGCCAAGCGGCGCAGCGACCGAGCCAGUGCCACCCCGCCGUCGGGGCCCCCUGGGUCUCCGGGGCUGCAGCAUAAGCUGGCCCUCUUGCAGCAACAGUGUGAAGAGAAACAGCAGCUCUUCCAGUCCCUCCAGUCAGAGCUGCAGAUCUACGAGGCACUUAAUGGCAAUUCCAAGAAGGGGCUGAAAGCUUACACCUGGGAUGCCUGUCACCAAGUCCCUUUGGGCAGUGACUUGAGCCGCCUGGUGGCAGAGAUCCGAGCUUUGAGAGGGCAGCUGGAGCAGAGCAUUCAGGUGAACAACUGUCUGCGACUGCAGCUUGAACAGCAGUUGGAUGGUGGUGCCAGCAAAGCCAGCCUCAGCCCCUCCUCUGUUAACCAGAAAUUCCCCAACAACACUGACCCUGGAAACAAGCAGCUGCUCUUCCAAGAUUCAGUUGCCUCCCCUCCAGUUCGGGAUGUGGGCAUGAAUUCUCCAGUUCUGGUCCUCCCCAGCUCCUCUUCUGCUGCUUCUGGCUCAGGGACCACAACCUUCAACAGGACUUCAGAGCUGGGUUUGGAUGCUUCUCCAGUAAUGAAGAACCCUCCCAAGCUGGAGGGUGAUGCUACUGAUGGCUCCUUUGCCAAUAAGCAUGGCCGCCAUGUCAUUGGCCACGUUGAUGACUAUAGUGCCCUAAGACAGCAGAUUGAAGAGGGCAGACUGCUGGUCAAGAAGGUAGCAUCCCUCAUGAGAUCAACCUGCGACUUCCUUGGCCUUGAAGCUCUAGGCACAGAGGUGAUGGGCAGUGAAGCCAUCCAUGAGCUCAGGAGCAGUGCCAACGCCCUGCACCACCGGCUGGAGGAGUCCGCCUCCAUCCUCACCAUGUUCUGGCGAGCAGCCUUGCCAAGCUCCCAUGGCCCUGCGCUGGGUGGCAAAGUGGGAGAGUCCAUGAAAAGGGAGCUUCUGGAACUGAGAACCAAACUAUCCAGACAGGAGAGUCUCCUUCAGAGCACAGCUGAGCAUCUGAAGACCGCCAACCAGCAGAAGGAGAGCUUGGAGCAGUUCAUCUUCAGCCAGUGUGAAAUCCCUAAGGGCUCUUCCAUGCACCCCAGUCCUGUGACCCUUGCCUUCCAGGAGCCAAGCAAGAAGCGAAGCCACCAGAGGUCCUCCAAACAGCAGGAAGGAUGGGCCUUCCCCCCUUUUUCACAGCUCCCUGUCUGCUGA